AUGCCAGAAGGCGCUCGCAAGGGAAUCAAAGACUCUGCCACUUCGUCGAAUAUGCCUAGGGAAAUUUGCAACUGCGUCGACUAUCUUUGGAAUCACCUGAGCUCUGCACCUGACAUGUUGUGGCAGGCAGGUGACGAGGCCAUUGAAUCUCAGAUUCAGGAAUGGAUGGAUAAUGGACAAGAUUUCGACACUCACGUUCUGGACACUGCAAACGAUUUGCAACAGAAUGUAGGUGUGUACUCUGUAGCCAGGCAAUUCCUGUUGCUGCUGAAAUAUAUCAGCGGAGGAAUCAUCCCGGUCGAAUACCACUACCUGAUUUUGCGUGGAGCGGGCGGAGUUAACGCUCUCCUGGAAAGUCUCUCUGGUAUUAAUGUCAAUGCUCUUCUCUACAUCGUUGGCCGUCUCGCACGAGCCAUCGAAGCAGGCAUCAACGAACGCAGGCUCCUUGAUAUUUUCGAGCCCCUUAUUAUCGCCAUUCCCCGUGGUAAAGAUAGCAGCAGGUCUAAAGCCCUACGUCGCGAUUUUCUCAAAAAACUUCUGGACCCUUCUACACCCUAG